AUACAUAUUAUAUUUUGAAAUGCACAAAACACCAAAAUCCUGAAACCAAAGGCUUGCUUGGGAGCUUCCUCUGCACUUUCCUCUGCUUGUGUCUUUAGCUUCCUUGUUCCAUACUUCCACUGAUCAACUCCAUUAUUACAACAACUCUUGUUCAUUUUCACUUGACAUUCCCACAAAACUCCUACACUUGUUCUACUCCACUGACCAAUCACUCAAACAACUUAGCUUUCUCUCAUUUUUUGGUUCUUUCUCAAACAUGUCUUCCUCCUCUUCUGCCAUUGAUGCAAGUGAUAGAGACUUGGAAAAAGGUGUAACGAGUCCAGCUAUUGUUCAAAACCCUAAUUUCGAGUUGGCUCAGUCAUCGUCGCCUUCGUCAAUGACGACACCAGCCCUUGUACUGUCUAAUUCUGGCAAGAGAAUUGAUCAGGGGAGAAAGAAGUAUGUUAAGCAAGUGACAGGCAGACAUAAUGACACUGAGUUGCAUUUGGCUGCGCAGCGUGGGGAUCUUGUUGCUGUGAAGAACAUUCUUGGUGAUAUUGUGAACCAAAUGGCGGGGACUUUUAGUGGGGAGGAUUUAGAGACCGAGGUUGCAGAAAUUAGGGCAUCAAUUGUCACUGAGGUGAAUGAAUUAGGUGAAACUGCAAUCUUUACAGCAGCUGAUAGGGGACAUCUUGAUGUUGUUAAGGAGUUAUUAAAGUACUCGAACAAGGAGUCCUUGACAAAGAAGAAUAAAUCGAAUUUAGACCCUUUGCAUGUGGCUGCUAGUCAAGGACAUCAUGCCAUUGUCCAGGUGCUGCUAGACCACGACCCUGAGCUAAGCAAAACAAUAGGCCCACAACAUGCGACACCUCUUAUAUCUGCAGCUUCCAGAGGACAUACAGCCGUAGUAAAUGAAUUGCUAUCAAAAGAUUGUAAUUUGUUGGAGAUUGCCAGAUCAAAUGGGAAAAAUGCGUUGCAUUUAGCAGCAAGAGGGGGACACGUGGACAUUGUCAAGUCAUUACUAAAUAAAGACCCUCAGUUGGCUAGAAGAACAGAUAAAAAAGGACAGACUGCAUUGCAUAUGGCUGUCAAAGGUCAUAGUUGUGAGGCAGUGAAGCUACUUCUUGAAGCUGAUGCUGCCAUUGUUAUGCUUCCAGACAAGUUUGGUAACACAGCAUUGCAUGUAGCCACCAGGAAAAAGCGAGCUGAGAUAGUAAACGAAUUGUUAUGCCUCCCUGAUAUCAAUGUUAAUGCACCAACCAGAGAUCACAAAACUGCACUUGACAUAGCUGAAGGGCUUCCACUCUCUGAAGAAUCCUCAGAUAUAAUGGCAUGCCUCAUUCGCCGUGGUGCUGUUAGAGCUAACGAGUUGAACCAACCACGGGAUGAGUUGAGGAACACUGUAACUCAAAUAAAAAAAGAUGUUCACACACAGCUCGAGCAAACCAAAAGAACAAACAAGAAUGUUCAUGGAAUUGCCAAAGAGCUCAGGAAGCUUCACCGAGAAGGGAUCAAUAAUGCAACAAACUCAGUGACUGUGGUGGCUGUGCUUUUUGCUACAGUUGCAUUCGCAGCUAUUUUUACUGUACCUGGUGGAGAUAACAACCAGGGGAUGGCUGUAGUGGUGAGCAGGGCUUCUUUUAAAAUCUUCUUCAUCUUUAACGCCAUAGCUCUUUUCACGUCCUUGGCUGUUGUGGUCAUUCAAAUUACACUGGUUAGAGGUGAAACGAAAGCAGAACGAAGGGUAGUAGAAGUAAUAAACAAGUUGAUGUGGCUUGCUUCCGUGUGCACUUCUGUUGCAUUCAUGGCAUCCUCUUAUAUUGUUGUUGGUCGCAAAUACGAGUGGGCAGCAAUUCUGGUAACAGUUGUGGGAGGAGUUAUAAUGGCCGGAGUUCUUGGCACCAUGACUUACUACGUUGUGAAGUCAAAGAGAGUCCGAUCAAUGAGGAAGAGGCAGAAGCAUGCAAGAAGUGGCUCCAACUCAUGGCAUCAUUCUGAUUUUUCCGAUUCAGAAGUUCACCAUAUGUAUGCACUUUAAGAAAUAAAUACUUAACUUACAGUUUGAUUGCUGAGUGACAUUGUAAACAACUAUGGAAGGAGCAUCGGUCAAAAUAAUUUCCGAAUUUUUAUAUAGAUGAUCAUAUCAUAUACAA